UUCAUUCUUUUAUUGCUCAAAGAAUUGAAACCUGCCAAACAUGUUGCAAUCAUUCGUUCGAGCAAAGAAAACCUUUCUUUCGGUUACCCAUGCCGGGAAUUCUUCGUUGCUUCACAAGUUCUGCCAAUCCUUGCAUACAUCGACACCCUCUCUUGCCAAAGUAGUUGCAGUGUUGUACGAAGCUGGAGCAGCUGCAAAGGAGCCAAGACUAUUAGGAUGUAAAGAAAAUGAACUCGGACUUCGGAAGUUUUUGGAAAGUCGUGGACAUAAGUAUAUAGUGAUGUCAGAUAAGGAGAAACUUCUAGAUCGCGAGCUUCCUGACACAGAAGUAUUGAUUACUACUCCCUUUCAUCCAGCAUAUGUUACUGCAGAUAGAAUUGCAAUGUCUCCGAAACUAAAGCUUUGUGUUACUGCAGGUGUUGGUUCAGACCACGUGGAUCUUCAUGCUGCUAACAAGGCUAAGAUAACUGUGGCUGAAGUUACGGGUUCUAAUGUAGUAAGUGUAGCGGAACAUAUCGUUAUGCAAAUACUUGCUCUAGUACGUAACUUUGUACCUGCGUAUGGUCAAGUGAUCAAGGGAGAAUGGAAUGUAGGAGAUAUUGCAAAAGACGCCUUUGACUUGGAAAACAAGGUAGUAGGAACCGUAGGCGCUGGUAGAAUUGGUUAUCGGGUAUUGGAAAGGCUAAAGCCUUUUCAUUGUAAAGAAUUAUUAUAUUCAGAUUAUCAGCCUUUGACACCAGAAAUGGAAAGAGCUGUUGGAGUAAAACAUGUUAGUUUUGAAGAGCUUAUUCAGCGUUGUGAUGUGAUUACUAUCAAUUGCCCUCUUCAUGACAAAACAAGGAAUCUGUUCAACAAGGAUGUAUUUGAUAAAGUAAAGACUGGUGUUUACAUUGUAAAUACUGCUAGAGGAGCCAUAGUAGAUCGAGAUGCCUUGGUUGAAGCAGUAAAGAGUGGCAAAGUUAGAGGCUAUGCUGGAGAUGUUUGGUAUCCUCAACCAGCUCCUAAAGAUCAUCCAUGGCGUUAUAUGCCAAGACAUGCUAUGACACCGCAUUAUUCUGGUACUACUUUGGAUGCACAAAUGCGUUAUGCUGAAGGAACCAAGGACAUAUUGGAACGCUAUUUUGAUGGACGUCCAAUCAAGCCUGAAGACUUGAUUGUUCAAGAUGGCCAAUUUGCUAGUAAAGCGUAUGUGCAACCCGAAAAAUAAGAAGAUUACGAAAAGAAAGAAUUUUCUUUCUUCUUAUUUUGCGUAUGGAAGUGUUUCGUUUUCCAUGACAAGUUGUAAAAAUUUUGUUUCAAAUCGGUAAAAAUUUUUGUUCUUUCACACAAAAACAUUCUAA